ACUAAUUUAAAUUGAAAAACAUACUCUAGCCACAGACUCUUUGCUUGUUUGCCCUGUGAAUGUCGUUAUAUUUCAGGUAUAUUUUUUCAUGAAAUUUUUUUGUAGAUAACAAAUAAUUUAGGGAGCUUCAGUGAUCAAAUUCAAGCGUUGAAGGAAGCCGGAACCUUCAAGAUGGCAAGGUCCCCGAAUGUGGGAUUUCACAUCCCGGAUCUCAACGACAGCGACCAGGAAUUAUCCGACGAUGCGGACGAAUCAAUUCCACUUACUGGCAUCAACAGUGCGGCCCCCACAGACGAGCGCCCCGAGAACUGGGACAUGUUCGAGGACCCCCCUCCCCCCAUCUCCUCUUUCUCGGAAGACUCCGAUAAAUUCGGACAACAUAUAUUGAAGUUUGCUAAGCUGCUGACUUACUUGCUGACAUUCGCGAUCGUCUUGGGAUGCGGUCUGAUAGCCAAGAGUCUCAUGCUCCUUAUGGCUGCCCAGCUCAAGCCUGGCCGAGUCACUGACUUGUGCCCAGCAGUCAACAGAAGCGUUUUGAAUGCUAAGACGACAUACACCGUGGAAACCAACCCGUACGAGAACGUGGCUUGGGCAUGGGCGCUCUUCUUCGCAUUCAUCGUCCCUGAAGUCGAGACGAUGCUACGUUCGUUCCGGAUGUGCUUUUUCAAGGGCUUCGUGACAAAAUUCUAUGAAAAGGAUCCAGAGAUUCCCGAGAAGCCCGAAGAAGUGGCGUGUCGCCGGUACCUUGACCUGCUGGUGGUUGCCUUCUUCGAGAUGUGCCACAGCGCGGGGGUGGCGGUGCUGAUAUACGCUGUUCUGCCAGACCUGGACUCCAUCAAAGGCGCCAUGCUCACAAACUGUGUUUCUGUCCUGCCCGGGGUACUGGGAAUGUUGUCAAGAACUGACGAAGAUCCAAACAGGCCUGCCAAGUUGACAAUGGACAUCGUCGCCAUAAUGUUCCAGUUGACAGGGUUUGUGGUCUGGCCGCUGAUCCUAUCGUUCCAGAGCGACGCUGCGCUCCUGCCUGCCUGGGCGAUCCCUUUUGCGUUAUUCCUUACCUCCUUUGGCUGGUGGGAGAACUACGUUGAUACAAAAUCUUCUUGGGGUUUUGUGCGGUUCCUGGGCGGUGUCAAGCGCAGGCUCUGGAAGACGCGCUACGUCAUCUACUUCGUCGUGCCCGUGCUGAAAGUGUGCGUCUACUUCGUCGUCAUGGUCGUCGUCAUGGGAUUGCGUCUCGAUGACUUCGGCAUAGUCUUUGAUAUUCGUUUCGGAGAGAAGGCGGUUUCCCUGAACGCGACAGAGACACGCAUCCCGCUACAGGACGAGAGCGUCUUGCCCGGCAGCUCCAUGGCAGACAUCGUGCCUCUACAGGAACCUACGCCGAUCGAUCAGAAUGGCAACACUCCGGUAUACUUCUUCCUAGCGCAGAUGCUGGCAGCGUAUCUUUGCUACAUCUUCAGCAAGUUCGUGUGCAAGAUUUCGAUGCAAGAGUUUAGCUUCUCGCUGCCCGUGACACUGGUGGUGCCCACGACGGUAUGCACGUUGAUCCUCAUGUGUGGAGCUCGCACUGAAAACCCUUGCGCCUACCCUAACGUCUUCGGCUAUGUCUUCUGGACCUAUGACCAGGGCACCAGCGUCUUUGACUUCUUCGUGGCUGACUUUUCAUUGCUGUGGUUCCUGUGGCUGCUCUCACAAACAUGGAUCACACUGCACAUUUGGACGCCGAAGCGCGAGCCCCUCGCCAAAACUGAGAAAAUGUUUGUUACGCCAAUGUACGAUUCCCUCUUGAUCGACCAAAGCUUGGUUAUGAACCGCAGACGAAACGAGCUUGCCAAUAAGGAUAACAAAAAGAUGGCAGCAGAUGACAAGGAAGAUGUCAAGCUUGCACCUGGAUUCGCUGCGUUCGAUGAUAUCCAGGAAUCAGACCACACCACAAGAAUCUAUUCCUGCGCCACAAUGUGGCAUGAAAACUCCGAGGAAAUGAUGGAGUUCCUCAAAAGCGUCUUGAGGGUUGAUGAAGAUCAGUCAGCCAGACGCCUUGCAAGGAAUUUUCUUAGAAUGAAGGACCCUGAUUACUACGAAUUCGAGACUCACGUGUUUUUCGACGACGCCUUCGAGCUGCCAGAUCCUGAGGCAGAUUACUGCGUGGUGAACGGGUUCGUGCGAGAGCUGCUAGGAUGCAUGGAUGAAGCGGCCUCCUACAUCCACCAGACGAUCAUGCAUCUGCGGCCACCCACUCGGUACCCGACACCCUACGGGGGACGCCUGGUCUGGACCUUGCCUGGAAAAACCAAGUUCAUCGUCCAUCUCAAAGACAAGCAGAAGAUCAGACACAAGAAAAGGUGGAGUCAGGUUAUGUACAUGUACUACCUGUUGGGCUUCAAACUCAUGGACCAAGAUUCGCUUUCGCUAAAACGCAAAGAAGUUAUCGCCGAGAACACCUACCUACUCGCGCUAGAUGGCGACAUCGACUUCACGGCAAGGUCCGUCCGCAUGCUCGUCGACCUCAUGAAGAAGGAUACCAACCUCGGGGCUGCCUGUGGCCGCAUCCAUCCUGUAGGCAGUGGCAUGAUGGUGUGGUACCAGAAGUUUGAGUACGCUAUCGGCCAUUGGCUGCAGAAAGCUACAGAGCACAUGAUUGGCUGCGUGCUCUGCAGCCCGGGGUGCUUCUCACUCUUCAGAGGCCGAGCUCUCAUGGACGACAGCGUCAUGAGGAAGUACACGACUGUGUCCAACCGAGCCCGCCACUACGUGCAGUACGAUCAAGGGGAGGACCGGUGGCUGUGCACGCUGCUUCUGAAGCGUGGCUACCGAGUCGAGUACUCGGCCGCCUCUGACGCCUACACUCACGCCCCUGAGGGCUUCGGCGAGUUCUACAACCAACGCCGGCGAUGGGUGCCUUCAACAUUGGCCAAUAUCAUGGAUGUUCUUGAAGACUACAAGAUCACAGUCAAAAUCAACGACAACAUUUCCAUGCUCUACAUUCUUUACCAGAUGAUGCUGAUGCUUGGAACAGUCGUGGGCCCCGGGACCAUCUUCCUGAUGCUGGUGGGUGCCUUGAGCGCCGCUUUCGGCAUGAGCAACGGAUGGGCACUGGUGCUCAACCUCAUCCCCCUUCUGGCCUUCAUGAUCACCUGCUUCUUCGCCAAGUCCGCGACUCAGAUCAAGCUAGCGUACGUGCUGACAGCGAUAUACGCACUACUCAUGUGCGCGGUGGCCGUGGCUCUCGCUCUGAACAUCAUGGAAGAGGGACUUCUGACUCCUUCAUCUCUGUUCCUGUUCGCCACGGCGGCGUCCUUCAUAAUCACUGCAAUGCUGCAUCCUCAAGAGUUCUGGUGCCUCCCUACUGGACUCGUCUACUACCUGGUGGUGCCAUCCAUGUACCUCCUCCUGCAGAUCUACUCCUGCUACAACCUCAACGACGUCUCGUGGGGCACAAGAGAUGUUCCUGUCAAGAAAUCCAAGGAAGAGCUGGAAAGAGAGAAAAAAGAACUAGAGGAGGCCGAGAAGAAGCAGGCCCAGACAGGCUGGAUGGCUUCAUUGACUGGCAACGGUCAGGGUGACUCCGGCAUGGCUGGCUUUUUCAGGAAGAUGUGCUGCUACAAAGGAUACAUGUCCGAACACAUCCUUAGAUCUGUCGACAGCCUCAAGAAGCAACUCGACCGCAUGGAAGCGCACCUCGGCAUGGCACCGACCACUCAGCGAAGGCGUUCGACCAUGACGCCUCGUGGCAGCAACAGGAGUUCAGACCUGCACGUGGAGACUGUGGCACACGCUGACCCCGUCUACAGUGACGAAGAGAGUCAAGCAUCCGCAACCAAGGAUGAGAGGAACGACUUGAUCAAUCCAUACUGGAUGGAAGACAAGAACGUCUUCGGUAAACUGGGCCACAAGGACGCCUCGGGAGGACACACGGAUGGGCAGGUGGAGUUCCUGACGAAGCAGGAGGUCACGUUCUGGCAGGACCUCAUCGAGCGAUACCUCAAGCCCCUCGACAAGAACAAGGACAGCGAGGCAAAGGCGAAACAAGAAUUGCUGGACCUGAGGAACAUGGCUGUGUUCUCAUUUACAAUGAUCAAUGCCAUAUUCAUUGUGAUAAUUUUCUUGAUGCAAGCUAACCAAGACGUCCUGUACGUCAACUGGCCCAUCGGUGUCAAAAACAACAUCACAUACGUCUACAGUGAAGAUAUGUCCACCCAGAUCGAAAUCGCGCAAGAUUUCGUCCACCUCGAGCCCAUUGGGUUCCUGUUCGUGAUCUUCUUCGGCUGUGUGAUGGCAGUGCAGUUCACGGCGAUGCUCUUCCAUCGCAUUGCCACCUUCUCGCAGAUCAUUUCCUCCAUCGAUAUAUCGUGCGGAAAUAAGGAAAAGCAACGAAUGACGAUGGAGGGAAAUGUCGAGAUGUCCGCAAGCACUGCGGUCAACUACGCCAAAAAAUUGCAGAAAAUCAGUGAUCCUCAAAACUCGGAGCAGGUUGGUGAGUCUGUGGCAACGGACUUCUCGAGUCGCCGGCGGACGAUGGCGAACAUUGCGAGCAGUCGCGCGAAGCCCGCGGUCGUGUCUCUCGACGACGCUUUCCUCAAACGCGUCGGAGGGUCAAUGUCGGGCGACCCUAGCAAUGAAGAGCUAAACAGAAGGCGCAGCACAGUAAUGGCGCUGGUCGAAAGUAACAGGCGGAUGUCCAUGAGGCGGCCAUCAUUACGAGGCAUAUCCUUCUCCAACGGUACCAUCGCUGAAGAAUCGUGAAAGUUUAACAAACCAGAAAUAUUUACCAUUUAUACUCACAUGAAUGUUCCAAAUUUUACGAUAUUUAAACGAGUAUCUCGACAACACUCAUAAGUGCUAUUGAAAACUUGAUAUAAUGAUUGUGAACUAUUAUCACAAAAUCUUUAAAAUAAUGACAAAAAUACUGGCCAAGAAAAUCGCAGGAGUAGAAUCAAUUUAGUAACUCAUAAGAAAUAAAUUGUGUGAUCGGUAAAUUAUUAUAGCAGCUGCAGUGAAUCAUUUACACAUGAUUUUUAUGAUGCAGCCCAUUUCUAAAACCUCUGUGCUUUUUAGAUUUAAAUUAUUUUUUUAUCAAUAUUUUUAGAUUUAAAAUUUUAA